UGCGUCUCACCUCCCUUCCCGGCGGCGGCCCCACUUCCGCCUCGUGCGGCCAGGCCCGGGCCGAGGUCCGGACGCUGCUGGCGCGGCGCCCUGCGGGUAGCGCGAACGCUGACAGAUGAGGAGCCCCUGCGCUGAGCACUACCAGCAAUGGCCGCGCCCGGCAGGAGAGCCCCCUGGAAGGGAGCCCUGCUGAUGCUUCUGGCAUCCCAAGCCAUGUCCUUGGUGAAUUGCUCUGAAGACGACGACGUUCCAGAAGAAUGGAUCCUGCUGCAUGUUGUUCAGGGUCAGAUAGGAGCUGGGAAUUACAGCUAUUUGAGGUUAAAUCAUGAGGGAAAGAUAAUUCUUAAGAUGCAGAGCUUAAAAGGGGAUGCAGACCUGUACAUAUCUGAUAGCACUCUCCACCCAAGCUUUGAUGACUAUGAGUUACAGGCAGUCACUUGUGGUCAGGAUGUCGUUUAUAUACCAGCACACUUCCAGCGCCCUGUGGGAAUAGGCAUCUACGGACACCCAUCGCACCACGAGAGCGAGUUUGAAAUGAAAGUCUACUACGAUAGAACCACCGAACAGUACCCAUUUGGUGAGACUGCUUAUUCCUCAGACGGUGCAGACACAAGUCAGAAGCAUGCUUAUACUCCAGAAGACGCAUCUCAAGAAGAGGAAUCUGUUCUGUGGACCAUAUUAAUUAGUAUUUUAAAACUGGUACUUGAAAUCCUUUUUUGAUUCAUUCAACACACUCUGGAGUACAAUGCCCUUUGUCUGUGAAGUGGAUUGCAGUCUGCUGUGAACUUUGCUACUUUUACCCAGCUGACAUUGUGGUUAACCUUUUCUAGUCAAGGGAUGGAAAAAUAAAGCCAUACGGUUUUGUUACCUCAGUUAUCCCAAAAAUAGGAAAAGCAGCAAGCACGAUACUUGUUUUCUCUUAAAGAUCAAAAUUCCUAUAAAAUAAAUUUGCAAAAUAACAUGUUUAAACUAUUUCAAUUAGUUUGUCAGGUGCCUAAACAGAAAGAUUGCAGGAACUCAGAUUUAAGUAAAAGAAAUCAAAAUAAAGCAACCUUUUAUAAUUACACAGAUCAGAUUAACAGGUUGAUAAUUUUCUAAUUUUACUCUGGAGAUUCUAAAUGAAAUUUAGUGUGUAACUUUUCAAGAGUUACUGAAAUCAAGACAGAAGUGGAAUUAUUUAUACUUCCCAUGCCUGUACUCCAAGCAGAAAUGAUACCUUUAUCCAAACGGGAUUUCCAGGCAGGCAGGUAUUUACAAACUUUGUUCCUGUGCCAAUUAAUGGCCAUUGUAAAUCCAGGUGCACCUAAUUAAGCCAUUUGUUGUUUUACCAUCUUGGGCUACCUAUUAAUUAAAAUUCUUUAGUUAUAAACUUUGUUAUGCUACCUAUGGCAGGCCAAAAACAAUAAAGAUUAAGAAAGUUUCAUGAAAAUAAUAGGAACUUUUCAGACUAAGGAAUAGUUUAGUAUUUCAAAUUAAAUUGCUAAAUAUUUCCACUGAAUUUUGGGGGAGAGUUAAAGUACUAAGAGAUAAUUUGGAAGAUGGACUAUUUCUCUACCUGGAAUUAGUUCCAAGGGUAAUAAUAGCUUAUAACAGAAAUAAAUCAACUUGCAGAUUUUAAGCUCAUAGUUAAUUUCAAAAAAAAAUUUUUUUAUUGGCAUAAAAAUGAAAAUGUUGUAAAUAAAUUGGCACCAAAUAUUCAACUUAAAUGCAUAUACAAUAUUAGUCAAAUAACUAUUUUAUCCCUCUUUGCUGUUUUUCCCCCUUCUGCCCACUUUCCUGGGCGUUGGGGGGGCUCGCUGACAACAGUCACAAAUCCAGCGACCUAGGAAAAAAAUUGUUAGUUAAUAUAGAAUGAAAUUACACUUUCACAGGACUGAAUUUGAAUCCCAUUUAAGCUCUCUUUCCUUAGCUGUCAUCAAUGAUAUUCCCCUGUGGAUUUUCGGUGGAAAGGGCACUAAGGAGUUCCUUAAUGUAAGGAGAAAAAUGUAAACUUCCCCUAAAAUAAUCAGUGUAAUCAAUGCCAUGCAAAAUUCAGUGCAAGUCAAGGGGGGCCUAGGGAAAGCAAGGCUAUACAAUGAUAUGGACCUUUAUAAAAUAAUCAUAAUCCUAAAAUUAAAGCACUCUUGUACUUUAAAAGUUCAAUAAUAUAAAUCCUAAUAUGAAACCUGUAACUGAAUUUGGCUUUUUUAAGCCUUGCUCCCUGCUGUGCACUGGCAGCUCCGUGUCCAACAGCACAUUCUCAAGUUCUGGUGUACUGUGCUGACACAGCACUUUAAAACUUCAAGUUAUUAACAGCACAGUGUUAAACUAUGCUACAAACCUUAUCUAAAUUACUACAGAACUUUAAAUAUUUAAAGUUGCUUGCUUCUUAAUGAUUCCCAGGAAACUUAGUUCUAGGCAUAUAUUUUAAAGAGUACUAUUAUACAGUGUUAACUAUGCAAAUAAGUUCUGAAAUUACACAAUUAUCUGUGUAAUGUUUUAAUCCAAUUACUGUGAUUUUCCUUGGAUUCUGUGUUCAUUCUAAAGUUAGCUGGAAUUUUCAUGCUGCCUCAAUUUAUAGAAAUCUGGUUUAAUAUGUAUAAAGGCGUAGCAGUCACUUUGUUAAGUUUCUAAAUAGAUGACGUAUGAGAAUAAAA